AUGUGGGAUGAUAUUGUAUAUGCCAGAAACUUACUUACAUAUCAUACAGAAAGUUUAAUGUACAAUUUCAAUAAUAAUAGAGCAGAACUUUAUAAUUCAAUCUUGGCAAAAUUGUUGGAGGAAAGCGAAUUAAUUUUUCCCAAAAAGGUUCUUAUGAACUUCGAUGUGACAUCAUACAACCUAGGAGCAAAUCGUCUAUCUGUAUUCAACAAACGUGUUACUGAAAAAAGUCCAGGAAAAUUUACUAAAAAUUACAUUAAAAGAAAGCUAGGAACAAUUGACAAAAAAAAUAAACGUAGUAGUUUUUAUAAAACAUCUAAACGAUCUGUAGUGCCUCAGAAGAACCUUGGACCAGAUGAAAAUUAUGGAAAUGUGUCCUAUGAUCCACUUUUAGAAUUGACUGAAUGUGAAAUUGAAAAUUAUAAGCGUACAUACUUAGAAAAAUUAUCACUGUCUGAGUACCAAGUAAAAACAUUAGAAAUUAGAACUAAGAGACUUACUGCAUCUAUUUUUGGGAAAAUUUGUAAAUUGCGUGAAAAAACAUCUCGUGUGAAAACAGUAAAUGAUAUUUUAUUUGGAACUUUUACCGGAAACGCCGCAACUAGAUAUGGAAUUGCUAAUGAAGUAGUAGCAAAAGAACAAUUGGAAGAGCGAUUAAAAAAAAAAAUUCUGCCUUCUGGUUUAAUUGUCGAUAUAAAAUUACCAUUUUUAGCAGCUUCCCCAGAUGGUAUAAUAGAAGAUGAUUCUUUGGUAGAAAUUAAGUGUCCAGCUAGUGCUAAAGAGUUUUCACCAGAAGAAGCGAUAACUAUUGGUAAAAUUAAAAACUGUUUGGUAAAUAAUGGACAACUACAACUAAAACGUAAUGAUAAUUAUUAUUACCAAGUUCAGGGGCAGUUACAUAUCAGUCGAAGAAUGUAUUGCUAUUUUUGUGUAUGGACCCCAAAAGGUCUGUUGUACGAAAAAAUUCAACGUGAUGAUGAAUUCUGGGAAAAUAAUAUGAAACUUAAACUGGAACUUUUUUAUUUGAAUUAUCUUUUACCGAGUUUGAUAAAAGAAGAAUUAAUAAUGACAAAUAAAUAAUAAUAAAUAGAUGGGUUACGAUUUAUUUAUUAUAAAUUACGAUAAUAUCUUUGUAAAAUCGUUAUAAACCAAAAUUUAUAUUCAUAAAUAUAAUAAUAGACUAUUCAUUUUUGUGUCAAUGACCCAUAUUUAUAUCGUUGAUUAUAAUAUUGGAUCAAUUAGAUAUAAAAUAAUAAUAUUAUUAUGUUUUCGUAAUAAUCAGUUAUUGUAGAUUCGAGGAAUUGCAGCAUGUCUAAUAACAAUGGUUAUAGUAUUAUAAAACCGGUUUUUGCAUGGAUAGUAUAGUUCGGAGAGUACACAAUUACGAUUUACACAUACUAAUAUUCAUUUACUUCCAACACAUUGACAUGACCCGGAUAUACAUGCCACAUAAAAUUCCUAGUUUUUACUCCUGUCGUAUACGCCGAUUACUCGAACGUAUACCAAAAUAAAGUUAAACACAAAAUAACGCAAAUGAAGAACUUUAUUUAAACACGACGUCCGGUGGUGCUCGAGUCACACGAUCACCACCACUGACCGCCUUUCCUGUCUUAGCCAUCUCACUUAUAUAUUACACUUACAAUCGAAUUACUUAUCGAUUGUUCUACAUUUUUCUAUUACUACGUUAAAUUUACAAUUAUAGAUACUAUGAUUAUUGUGUAAUUGUUAUUUUA